CAAAAAUCAGGCCUUUAACAACAGGGUUGAAUAGCGCUCUGUGUGAGAAUAAUUGAAGGGCCCUUCAACGAGUUUGCUCACUCUUUUGUUUCCCUCUCCCUACGACAUGGGCUGCGAUUGUUUUGCUGGCACCUGAAAGUCUUUCCUUUAUCCAAUCAGAAAUGUGGCUUCGGGUUGCCGCCCUCAGCCUUCCUUCGCCAGUCGACCUCACUUGAUGCUGUCUGCCUUGUCAAAACCCUCACAGUUUAUAGUAGGCCAUUGCUUUUUGUCUAUGCACCUCCAGGACCGGCAAUAUGGCCUAUCUAGAUCAGAGCACAAUCGUCAUAAGUGCUCUCAUCGCCCUUGCAAUUGCAAUCUGGUGCCAUCCACUCUCGUCUCGCUCCUCCGGGAAAUUACCACCGAAACCCAAAAGGGCAUUGACCUUACGUGUCGACGAGGUUCCCAUUGACAAGGCGCACGCAGCCUUUAAGAGCGACCUAGAAACUAUUAUCGGGCGCGAUCAAGCUUUGGAAAAUGAUACAAUUUCCAUAUUGCAGCACCUCCUGGUACGAAGGGAUCGGAAGGUGGCUUGUGGAACUGCCACCUUCUAUACUUCAAUUCCAGCAAGUGAAUUACUUACCCGACUACACCGGGCGAGCUUUGGCUUUCAGUACCGCUUCGAUAUCAAGUUCUAUGGAAUCACCCCGCUUUAUGAGACAGGCGGAGCCGCAGAUGUUGAUGUGAUCGCUGUACCCGGCCUUGGGAGUCAUGCGAUUGGCUCCUGGAAGUCAUCUAGCAACAACGACCUUUGGCUUCGCGACUAUCUUCCAGACCACAUACCAGACAUCCGAGUGCUUUUGUAUGGGUACGACAGUACACUUCAGGGGAGCGACUCUAAGGAUUCGAUCGAGGAUCUAGGAACCCGCUUUCUAGAAACAGUAAAAGCUUUCCGUGCGGAUAUGACAGAUCGCCGUCCCAUUAUAUUUAUCGGCCAUAGCCUAGGAGGUUUGCUGAUCAAAGAGGCGUUGGUUCGUGCGAGCAGGAAAUUCGAUGAUCCACAAAACCACAGGCUCUGCACAGCUUGCUAUGGAUUGCUUCUCUUCGGUGUUCCGAAUCUUGGAUUGCGAAAUGAACAGCUAAGCAGUAUCGUCAAAGGCCAGCCGAAUGAAGGCUUGAUACGAGAUCUCGUAGUUGACAGAGAUUCGGAACCAUCCCCGUUUUUAAAGAGAAUUUCCGGCCAAUUCUCUGAGAGUUGUAAAGGCCGGUAUCGAGUAAUAUCAUUCUUCGAGCGAAAACUGAGCCCAACCAUACAAAUUCAGCCUGACGGAACCUUGGCCAAGACCGGUCAGAAGAUGUUUAUGGUCACAGAGAAGUCGGCGACCAGCACAGGCUUGACCGCGGUAGCUGACGAAAAUAACAUUCCUCUCAACACCGACCACUCGGGUCUUGUGAAGUACGAAAGUAAGAGCCAAGAGGAAUACCUCAUUGUGAAGGAAAAGCUCAAGUUACUUGUCACUGAGGCGAGUCAGGAGGUUCCCAAGCGGUUUUCACAGGAUAGCCUCACACCUAAACAGCAGCAUCUUUGGAAUGAUCUCAAUCAGCCGCCAUAUACAUCAUUCAGGAACUCAUCCAAACUGGCCAAACCAGAGAAAGGAACUCUAGAAUGGCUCAAUCAGACAGAAGAUACAGAUCAUAAUGUGAUCGUCCAGCGUCACCUGUCUUCAGCAAGCCUGCACAUGGAGGACUUUAGAUCAUGGAGGGACUCAAACAAAUCGGAAAGCCUUCUUGUGACUGCACCGCCCGGUCGUGGUAAAUCAGUACUGUCGAAUUUUGUUUUGGGACAUCUUGAAAGCAGAAUACCGCAAACGACGUUACUUCCUACCAAAAUUAUAUACUAUUUUUGUAACAUCAAGAACGAGGAAGUUUCACGUAACGCGAGAUCAGUUCUCCGGGCACUGAUUAUUCAACUCUGUGAAAAUCAGCGGCAUUUAUUUCAACUCCUUCCUUCGGAAUAUCAAAGAACCAGCGAGCGUUUCUUCUCAGCACCAUUCGAAACAUUACUACAUAUAUUUAGGAAGUUACUUCGAGAAAAUGCAUACGCUAGUGUCUAUUGUGUCAUCGACGGCCUGGAUGUUUACAAAGACGAAAUGGAUGAGCUGAUCACGAAACUGAUUGAGGACUUUAACCCUGAAUCCACAGCAGAAACGUCCGUUGUUUUGAAAUUGUUUUGCACGUCAAGACCGGAAAGGCAUAUACUUGACCUGUGGAAACGGGCGACACACAGGAUCCUUCGGUGCCAUCCCCAUGAUCUCAACCUCUUCAUCAACUCCCGGCUUGAGGGUUUAGAAGAGAAGUUCAAUGACGAUAUGAAACAAACAAUUAAAACUCAAUUGUCUCAAGGCGCCAAUGAUACGUUUCUCUGGCUUGAGGUCGUCCUUAGGAGGAUUAGGGCAAUCAAACUGCCGAGCCUUAAAAGAAUUACGGAAACAAUCAAGAACAGUCCGCAAGACCUGGAUGAGCUGUACCAAGUCAUCAUUGGACGGGCACUGGAAGAAGAUAUUGACAGCGCUCGCUUCUUGGCCUGGGUAGUAUAUGCUAAAUACCCUCUUGACCUCGAGACUCUAGCAGACGCCGUGGCUAUCGAUCCUAGAAAGAAGUACAAGACUUACACGGACUGCCUUCAGGACCGGCCACACCUGACACCAGAUGAGGUACACAAAGACUUUGGCAUGCUUGUUGACGUCAUUGGAGGCAAGAUAUUUCUCAUACAUCAGUCUGUCAAAGACUAUUUUGAGAGUCACAACCCCCUCCAGCCCCUCAUAGGAAUCCACCCUCGGCUGGCUCUGACCCAUAUCACCAUGGCAUACCUGUCAUUGGAUGAGUUUAGGCUAGCCAAGAAGAACAUAAUGGAGCAAAAAUAUCCACUGUUGGAAUAUGCUGCUACCAAUUGGUACUCUCACAUUGAGGCAGCCGCUGAGAUAAAUUGCCAUAACUCCAUCAAGGAUUUUCUAAAGACGAUUCUUCCCCCUAACCCUAACGCACAAGUAUGGCUUAGUGUGAACAAAUACUUAAGAUUGUUUCCAAAUUAUUUGCCUACUCCUCGGGCGAGCGAAAUCUCAAUUAGACUUGACAUUAAAUGGCUGGCAGAAUUACUGUUAAAUGAGGAACUACCAGAAGUUAAAGAUGAUUUUGAUAAAGAUUGUCUAUCAGCAGCUGCAGUUUAUGGUGGAAGAGUGUUAAAAGCUUUACUGGAACAUGAAAAGGGUAUACAGUUUAAGAUUUCAGGUGAUAUUGUCGAAAAGAUUGCAGGAAUGCACCAUUAUAGCAUGAUGAACCUUCUUCUGGACCGACGAGGAGCAGAUAUCAUGAUUACUGAGGAGGUGCUCAAAGCAGCUGCAGAGAAUUUGCACAGUGGCAAGGAAGUGAUGGCACUUCUUCUUAAUCAGCAAGAUGCAGACAUUAAGAUCACUGAGAAGGUGCUUAAAGCAGCUGCAGAGAAUCAGAACAGUGGCAAGGAAGUGAUGGCACUUCUUCUUAAUCAACAAGAUACAGACAUUAAGAUCACUGAGAAGGUGCUCAAAGCAGCUGCAGAGAAUCAGCACAGUGGCAAGGAAGUGAUGGCACUGCUUCUUAAUCAACAAGAUGCAGACAUUAAGAUCACUGAGGAGGUGCUUAAAGCAGCUGCAGAGAAUCAGAACAGUGGCAAGGAAGUGAUGGCACUUCUUCUUAAUCAACAAGAUACAGACAUUAAGAUCACUGAGAAGGUGCUCAAAGCAGCUGCAGAGAAUUUGCACAGUGGCAAGGAAGUGAUGGCACUGCUUCUUAAUCAACAAGAUGCAGACAUUAAGAUCACUGAGAUGGUGCUCAUAACAGCUGCAGGAAAUGAAGAGAGUGGCAAGGAAGUAAUGGCACUGCUUCUUAAUCAACAAGAUGCAGACAUUAAAAUCACUGAGGAGAUGCUCAAAGCAGCUGCAGGGAAUUGGUACAGUGGCAAGGAAAUGAUGGCACUGCUUCUUAAUCAACAAGAAGCAGACAUUAAGAUCACUGAGAAGGUGCUCAAAGCAGCUGCAGAGAAUCAGCACAGUGGCAAGGAAGUGAUGGCACUGCUUCUUAAUCAACAAGAUGCAGACAUUAAGAUUACUGAGGAGGUGCUUAAAGCAGCUGCAAGGAAUUGGUACAGUGGCAAGAAAGUGAUGGCACUGCUUCUUAAUCAACAAGAAGCAGACAUUAAGAUCACUGAGGAGGUGCUCAAAGCAGCUGCAGGGAAUAAAUACAGUGGCAAGGAAGUGAUGACACUGCUUCUUAAUCAACAAGAUACAGAUAUUAAGAUCACUGAGGAGGUGCUUAAAGCAGCUGCAAGGAAUUGGUACAGUGGCAAGAAAGUGAUGGCACUGCUUCUUAAUCAACAAGAAGCAGACAUUAAGAUCACUGAGGAGGUGCUCAUAACAGCUGCAGGGAAUGAGAAGAGUGGCAAGAAAGUGAUGGCACUGCUUCUUAAUCAACAAGAUGCAGACAUUAAGAUCACUGAGGAGGUGCUCAAAGCAGCUGCAAGGAAUUGGUACAGUGGCAAGAAAGUGAUGACACUGCUUCUUAAUCAACAAGAUGCAGACAUUAAGAUCACUGAGAAUGUGCUCAAAGCAGCUGCAGGGAAUAAAUACAGUGGCAAGGAAGUGAUGGCACUGCUUCUCAAAUAUCAAUCAACAAGAAGCAGACAUUAA